GUGAGCAGGGAGCAGACCGCCCUGCCUUGUCAGAGCUCCACGCCACAUACCGGGAGCCUGCGAGUUACACCGAAUCCACGCGUCUCACUCCCACCAGCCGUGCCGAGGAGGCUCACGUCAACGGCGGUACAUUGUACUCUCAGGACGGCUCACUGACGACCACCAAGCUCGAGAUUAUGGGGUGUAGGCUCCCUAAAUUGCGCAAAGCCGAAGAGACGCAAAGCCCAGGCAACAUCUACUCUACCCUGCGAAGGCCUCAGGUGGAGACCAAAGUAGGAGUCUCCUACACGUACCAUUUCCUGGAUUUUCUAUUGGGUAAAGAAGAGGUGCCAGUGUCGUCUGUGCUCUGCCUCUCUUCGGUCCGAGAACUUCCCGUCCAGGUCAGAGAGCUCUACUCGCAGGGUUUCGUCCUGGUCUCCGUCCACCCGUUUGUGCACCCCUGCGGUCCUCAUCGUGCCCACAUCGAGCGCCAGCUCCACCGGGCCGUGCUGGUGCGAGAAACACCAAGUUGGGAGAAAAGCCAGGAAAAGAGAUUGUGGAGACAUCGUCUGGAGACAGACGUGUGUGCGGCCGGUCAUCAGGCAGCUGAUCCGGACGUGAUUCAGAGUUACGUGAAGAGGAUCCAGGAUGUAGCGGAGCAAGGGGUGAUGUUCGUGGGCUUUCUCCAACAGCCAGGAGGGGCGCCCUGCUUCAUAUCUAACUGGGAGUCCGAUGAGUUGUCGUCCUUGCACUCCAGCCCCUCCCCCAUACGCCGACACCCCCUCAGUGUUAAAUCCAGCCCAACAGAUCCUUCGGAUCCACGCCACAAUGACUCUGGCGGCCUCCCCUUUGAACCCGGAGAGUUAAAUCGUGACAGUGUCGAACACACAAGACGGGCUCACGGGGCUUCGCUGAGUUCAGAAGCAAACUUCCCUGCCCGGCCUUCAGAACUCAACCCGGAGGGAUCAAAUGAGCGGAUUCAGAUCUCACAGACCCCCCUCGCGGAGUCACUUGAAGCAACAAGCCAACCGUUAUAUCAACGACGUGAAAGUCAGAACCCGGCCGAGGCUCCAGAGAGGCAGCUGAGUCCCGGAGCUCCACAAAGUACGGGGACAAACAGACAAGAGGAGCUUAGCCCACCAGAACUCAGAGAAUCCCCGGAGAGGCAUUCCAAACUUCCAAGUCGGCGAGACCGAAAAGGAUCAGCCCCGGACCUUACUUGGAACAACAACCACAUCUGCAUGAAAAAGGAGACAGGAAAGGAGGAUCCUUCAGCACCAGCACAGGCUCGGCUGCAGCUGUUUGCCUUAUACAACUCAACGGGAGAACUCGACACGUCUUUGAGGUUCUAUUCGCUCAGAGUGCCCUUGCGAAUUCAAAAGGAGGCGGGGCUUGUUACAGAAGUCGAUGGUGAUUGGCUCGACCACAUGACUCAGCAUUUUACCAACGGAGCACAACUCGUUGAUGGCUUUUUCCACCUCAGAGAUGAUAACGAUAAUGGGGUUUCAUCUGGAGACAGUGUGUUCAUUUUCCACAACUCGACAGAGGAGACCACAAGCACUUCCUACGACGCCAUCGUGGUCGAGCAGUGGACUGUCAUUAAUGGUGUGGUGGUGAAGGCGGACUACAUCCCGUUACUGCAGUCUCUGGCUCCUUAUGGUUGGAAGCUCAUGUGUGUGUUACCCACACCCAUUGUCAAGACCAACAGUGACGGGAGUUUGUCGACUAAGCAAAUCCUCUUCCUUCAGAGACCUCUUUUACAGCGCAAGAGAAAAGACUUCAAGAUGCUGAACCUCCGAGGUCGCCACAAGACAAAAAAACACUCAUGCGGAGAGAUGCUUGAGGAGGGCGAGGACAGGUCCCUUGUCAUGGAGACAGAGAUGGGCAAGUUGAGACACAUAAAAGAGGAGGACGUUGAGGGGAGGAGGAGCUGGGCCAGAGGAAGGACGGAAGGAUGGAGCGAGGAGGAGGCCGAAGAGGACGCACAUCAAAAGGACCUCUCGUUCCUCUCGGGAAGCCUGGUGUCUGUUGAAGACCAGGAAGAGGAGACGGAUGUUGACGGUAUGCUAACAUCCGAGCGGGAAAAGGCGGUGAGAUGGACAGAUGUGUGUCACAGAGGAGUCAAAGAGAAGGUAAAGACAGACGAGCACAUCAAACGUCAACUCUUUUCCGGUGUCUGUUGACGUUUUGGGCACAAAGGGGAACCGAAAAAGGAUUUGGAUUGACCCUCAAAAAUUCGGAAUGCCUUGUGGUUUUGCAUAGGGCCGUGUAUUUGGUAUCUGGGCCUUUCGUGGGGAUUUACCCAACUUAAUCCACCGCUAUCACGACGCAAUUAUAGAAACCAUCCAUACUGUACAAAAAUAUAAACAGAACAGCACGCACCUGUAGUAUGAACAUCAUCUGGAGCAGUUCAUACUCAAUUUAUCAAAUGAAAUGUUGAAAAAUAAAAUGUGUCAUAAUCACCAUAGAGCGCGGGAGGGGCAAUUUAUGCCAGAUGUACAAAUCUGUCAAAAAAGCCGGGAAAUUGAAACGAUGAAAAACAGUUUCACGCUAUGCUACCAUUCUGUACUACAUAGUUAGUCUUUCAACUACUUUUCGGCAGUUAUCUUCAAAUAUGUGUCAUUUAUUUGGAAACAAAUCUAUGACUUCACUUUACAGGGUCUAUAAAUUACAUCGACCGGCAGAUUAGAUCGUCAUGGCAGCGCAUAGAAGCUUAAAUCUGAUUGGACAACAACAAAAAUUACACAUCAUCAUGUACUGGAAGCAGCGCAGCCAAGAGAAACGUUACAUAAUUAAGAGAAUAGACAGUUGGGAAUCAAUUCAUACAAUUACAAGGAACAAACAAACAGACCUUAGGUUGUAAAUGUAGGGCAGUGAAAAUGUGUGAUCAUGCGAUAAUGGCCCUGACUGCUCACCACUGCUAUCUGUAGAUCAAACAGCGACCACUUCAUUAGGUACAGCUGGACAAUCCAUUGGCAUCCAAUCUACCUUUACUUGACUUUACAUACGUUAAUCUAUCAACAGUAUCUAUUUUACAACUAGGAUAAUGCUCAAAUUUGAUUGACACUAUCAGCGAGGUAUUGACUAAAUUAAUCAGUAUUAAUAUGAGGUCGUGGAUGACCGCAGUGUGUCCCGCUGUGCUUUAUAUUUAAUAUUUUCGAAUCCAUUCUCGUAUGCACGUCUUAGUGGAAAGGUUGUGGUAUUACAGCUUCGUCACUCCUCCAAAACACACGAUAUAUUGUUGAAACUUGAUGAAGGAAAUAUAGUUAAAGAACUUCAAUGUUAUAAACACACAAAGAGUUAAACGACAGCAGGCACAUUUUAAAACCAAUGUAUGCCAGUAAGAAGAAUGUAACAAUUUCUUAUGUUUGUUGUGGUGUUGAACUGCACGACUCUGUUUUAACUGUCAUGUACCGUAAGGUGACGCGGUGCGGUUCUAAAUCACUGUAAACCUCUACCACAAUAAUAAACAGUUAAUAGCGUUGAAUAUCUAUUCAACUCUUCUUUGACAGUAUCAAUCAAAAAGGAGCAUUAUCUUUGGAGUCAGAAUAUUUGAUUCCACUAUUGUAUUGGAUGUCAACAUGAAUAUACAGGUGUCCCUAAUAUUGUGACGGGUAUAUUUGCAAAAAAAAAAGCAUCCAUCUCCUCCACUUCGGGAAUGUAGAUGAAGCUGAGGUUUGAGCUCCUUGAAAUAGGAAUCAGUGUUGUGCACUUUGCUGCUUUUUGGGGUCACUGUUGCUAAUUGAUGUGCUUGUAUGAAAUGAGACAAACAAAGGCUAACAGUCCGAGCUUUUUCGUCCUCUUAAAGUAUUCUGUUGCCUUGUUUGCUACUUUACUGCUGUUAAGACUGUUUCAUAUGGAAAUGAUGCCACUAGGAUUGUUGUAUGUAAAUUAAUUAGUCUGUAUACGAUACUAUACUAUAUAUGUAUACUAUAUACUAUAUUAGGGUGUCCCGUUUGUAAAGCGGCUGAUGCUAAAAAUGAAAAUAACAUUUUGUCACAUUUUGCUUCAAAAAAUUUUUAAAAUUUGGAAUUCCUGAGACACUUUUUUUGCACAUUUACAACAAUAUUUGUCAACCUAAGAGCUAUAUGCACAUUCUAAAUGAUGGAAAGGGUCUCUUGGACAUAGAUUAUGGUGAUAGUAACUAACUAAAACAACAAACUUAUUUGGAGAACAUUUAUUUCAAAGUGAACCCAGCCCAAGACCCACAGCUUUCAUAAAAGUGACACUAAAAACUCAAAGCACCCAUCAAAAAGUUUCUCCAAACGUAUUCAUUCUAGGUAGUAGGUUGUUGUUAUUAAUUUGAUCCAAAACAUUUCGAUUCAACAUUCAUUUUUAAAGUUAACAUUUAGAUUUAAUGCUUGCAUUUAGUUAACAUAUAAACACAUUUAACAUUUAGGUUUAGAAUUUAAUAUUUCAAUGUUAACCAUUGAAUAUAACUGACAAAUAUUGUUAUAAAUGUGUAUAAAAAGAAGAACGUGACUUGAAAAUUCACAUUUUUUUUAAAACAUUGAAGCUAAAUGUGACAAAAUAUUGCUGUUAUUUUCAGCAUUAGCUGCUUUACAAACCGUACACCAUUGAUUGUAAAACAUUAGGAUCAUCCAUCCAUCCAUUUUCUGAGCCGCUUCUCCUCACUAGGGUCGCGGGCGUGCUGGAGCCUAUCCCAGCUGUCAUCGGGCAGGAGGCGGGGUACACCCUGAACUGGUUGCCAGCCAAUCGCAGGGCACAUAGAAACAAACAACCAUUCGCACUCACAGUCACGCCUACGGGCAAUUUAGAGUCUCCAAUUCAUGCAUGUUUUUGGGAUGUGGGAGGAAACCGGAGUGCCCGGAGAAAACCCACGCAGGCACGGGGAGAACAUGCAAACUCUACACAGGCGGGGACGGGGAUUGAACCCCACACCUCAGAACUGUGAGGCUGACGCUCUAACCAGUCGUCCUCCGUGCCGCCCAUUAGGAUCAUGUUACCCAAAUUAAAAGAAGUAGUGUAUUGUGGUCUACUUGUGCACAUUGUUUUACAUCCCAGUGUAGGGGAUUUAUGUUUAUCACAGCAUUUAAUGAUGAGGUUUUAAGAAUUUGACAGCUAGCAUGCAUAUUUUUCCUCGAGUGUGUGAUUUUCGGGUACAUAUUGUUUGGCAUGCUACUAGGCGCCAAAGAAAGUUCAACUGUUCAGUGAUUUCUAGAAAUUUAGUUCCAUCCCGUCAGCCCACAAAAAAACAAACAUUUCAUUGCAGCAGCAGGGAGGCUUUCAAUAAGUCAUAUAUGUGCCCAUUUAUAUAAUUAGUUACCAUGAAGUAAGAAGACAUUUACUAGACAAGCUGCUUCAGUAGGCUUAUGGAAUGCAAUGAACUGCAUCAAAAUGUGCGUACAAUAGCUCUCAUUCAAUUGUGAAAGUGGACCUGUUAUUGUGGCAGAUGAGUGUAUUUGGUUAAAUUGACUCUGUAAAAUAGGAAUUGUGUACAGUGCUAUUUAUUUCUUUUUUUUCUUCACCACGUGUUGUGUGUAACAUGUAAGCAUUUACAUAAAACCCAAAGUAAAUUAAGCAUUUCACGCA